AUGAUUCAGUACAAAGAAGCCUUUACCCAUUGCCGAGAAGCUUUAGAGGAAACGGCUUUGAUUUUUGCUGAAUCCGGCUACAAUGUUGAGAUGAGUGGAUGGAAACCUGAUCACUCAAAUGAGACUACGAAAAUGUACUACAAUGAUCGAAAGAAUGGACGAUAUUUUGCUGGAAAGACUUCUCUAAAUCUAUCAGCCGAGAAAGCGCUUCAUGCAAUCUUUUUGAAUGUUGAAGACGCUGUAAAGUGGAACGAUAGCUACAAAUUCUCGAAAAAGCAUGCCCAACUGUCGAUUGAGUGCGAUAUUGCACAUUACGCUACGAAUAAAAAGUUGAUUGUUGACGGUCGAGAGUUUAUUUGUGCGCGAGCUGUUUACAGGGAUCCCACGGGUCAAAUUCUUUUCGCUGCCAAGUCAACUCCAUUGAAAGAGAUCAAAGAGGGAGGGCACGGGACACGUGCUCAUCUGUACAUCUCAGCUGCUCGUAUCACUCCUCAUCCAAGCGAUUCGUCUAAAUCUUUCUACGAAUACGUGAUUUGCGUUGAUAUGAAGGGAAUGAUGUUCAAGAGUGUUCUCAAUCCGGUUCUCGGUCGAUUACUUCUCGAGGACGUGGAAAACGUUCGUAAAUACUGUGAUCAAUUGAGCAAACAA